GGUGCGCGCUGCUAUAAAUGAAGCGCUGCAGGUCUGCUCAAACAGAUCACCAUCACAGAUCACAACCUCUGGAUUUACUCCACACAAAAGCAAUUUGUACCUUUUUAAAAAUGACCAACAGGAUUUUCUUUGCUUGCCUGCUCCUCAGUCUGUACAGCGCAGGAUCCUCGCUGAGCUGCAGAUGGUUGAGUCAUAAAUUCAGACAGCACACUGAAAACUCUUUGGAGCUACUGGAUACGAUGGCUAAUAAUUCCACCAACACCACUGAGGAUGCUGAACUGGAGGUGGCCUUCCCCCAUCGUCUGUACACUCAGGCGUCCAAAGCAUCAGCUGGGGAGCGUCUUGUUUUCAUCGUGCAGGUUCUGAAGGAGUUGGCUAAGUUGUUUAAGAAGGAUCACAGCUCUGCAUCAUGGCAGAAGAAGACAGAGGAGGACUUUGUCAUUGUUGUGAACGGGCAGAUUCAUGGUCUGCGUCCCUGUAUUGGGAGUCACAGCCACAAGAAGAAAAACGAUGACCUGACCAAAUAUUUCCACACUCUCUCAGACCACGUCAAGCGAAUGGGUCACAGUGCUGAAGCCUGGGAGCUGAUCAGGAGGGAAAUCAAAAUCCAUCUAUUCAGAGUCGACCAGCUGGCUUCAUCUCUACUCACCAACAACUGA